CUGCUGUCCUGUUUACAGAGGGACAUGGAAAACCUCACUGUUAGCUUAAACGACAAUGCAGAGUGCUACUUGAAAUCAGCUCUCAAGAAAUAUGCGUGUGAGCUUACUAUGGAUCUGAAUACUGCCAAUUCACACCUGUCUUUCUCUGAAGACAACAAAAAAGUGACGCUAAUGGAAACAGCUCAGCCAUAUCCUGACAACCCAGAGAGAUUUUCAGACUGGGGACAAGUUCUUAGUAAAGAGGGCUUGUCCUCUCGUUGCUACUGGGAAGUAGAGUGGACUGGGGAUAAGACGGGUAUAGGAGUAGCUUAUAAAGGAAUAAAAAGGAAAGCAAAAGGCACUGAAGGUAUCAUUGGCUACAAUAAUCAGUCCUGGAGUCUGCGCUGCUGUCACAGCAAAUACACAGCCUGGCACAACAGUGAUGCAACCACAGAUAUCCCCCAAGUCUUGGACUCCAAAAGGGUGGGGGUGUUCUUAGACUGGUCGGCUGGCACUCUCUCCUUCUAUGCUGUAUCAUCAAACACCAUGACUCAUCUGCAUACUUUCCACACUAAAUUCUCUGAGCCAGUGUAUCCAGGCUUCAGGCUGGGGUAUGCCGAUGCCUUCUUAAUUCUAUGCCAACCCGACCCUUAAAUACCCCCAAAUAUUCAAUGUAUAUGUUCAUUAAGCAUGAACAGACUAAAUGAAGGCUGGAGGGGGGGAUAUUAUUGCAAACAUCAUGGUAAAAAAAGGGAUUUCAGAAGGUUUUAGAUCUGUACUUCAUGUUCCUCUCAAGUUACUUUUAUAGCAGAAAUCUCCCUGUGUGACAGUUAAGUGUAUAUUUUGUAGAAAACACCUUUAAAGAAAUAUUUUAGCUUCUUUAUUUUCCUUUACGCUGUAAGACAGCUUCUCCUCUGCACGCAGAAAUGAAGUCACUGCUACUGCUGAUAGCUGCUUCAUUCUGCCAACAAUGUUCAAAUAAGCAAUCAAAUACAAAAGUGCCUUCAAAAUGAAUAGCAUGAGAUUAUUUAUCCUGUCAGUCUGUGUUGUACUUUAUGACAAAAAGUGUUUUUGAGUGUACUGUGAGAAACGGAUGUAUUAUUUUUAUUUUACUUGAUAUUUAUUUUCUGUAAUGAUUAAACGUUUUCAAUGUUUUUAUCAUCAUCCAUAUUCUAUUGUAAUGUAUUAUAUCUGACUGACAGGAGUGUGAUCGUUAUCUAGAAAAUAUGCAGUAGACGUUAAACAAACAUGUCAAGUCAAACCAUGUAAUAAAAAAAUGAUUCAUGUCAAACA